GGUCCCAUUGCUUGUAUUUAAAUGAAGUCAUGCUAUGUCUUGUUAAAGUUUUUAAUUGAGGUUGCUCCAUGAUCAUCUAUAUUAGAAUUGGAAUAUAUUUGGUGAACUGUAACUCUGUCCUAUUUUAUUUUCUUGUCUUGUUUCUGUGAUCCUAAUCAGGUUCAUUCUUGUUUAUUUAUUUCUGUAAUUUUGACCAUUUAUGAAAGCUUCUAUCUUUUUGCAGCUUGAGGAUACUGGUACCGAAGAGAAAACAGACACCGAUAAGAAUAUGGCAACUAUGUUUAAAAUUUUAGGGAAAAAUAGAAGGGUCAGGCUUGAAAGUUUAGUGUUGAACAGAAACUUCUUUGCACAAACAGUCGAAAAUGUAUUUGCUCUAUCCUUUCUAGUCAAAGAUGGCCAGGCUGAAAUAACUGUGAAUGGGAAAGGCUGGCAUAUAGUUUCACCAAGGAAUGCUCCUGCUGCUAAUGAAGUUGUCUCGGGGAAGGUUUCUUACGGCCACUUUGUUUUCAAAUUUGACUUCAGAGAUUGGAAGGUAUCUGAAUGUUAA